AUGCAGCUUUGUAUGCGUAGAGAGCAGUCUGACGACAUCUCCGACAAUUGGCUGCUUCAAUUUAUCAACGUCGAGGUCUUGAGAGAAGUCGGCCAGUUGGUUCUGAUGAACAGUGAAGGCGAUGACCCGGAGUUUGCCGUUCUCAAGAAGGGCUUUUAUAACCCCACCUUGCGCAUGAAGUAUAAGCAUAGCGCAACUAACAUCCGUCUUACCCAGCCUGGCGCCUCCCUGUUUCCAGAAGAAAAAGUCCAGAACGAAGUUGCUGUUAUGCGGUACAUCCUAGACAAAACACCCAUUCCAGUUCCAUUCAUUCAUCAAUUUGAUUCAAAAGAGAAAAGUCCUCUUAAAUUGAGUUCAUACAUCAUGAUGGAUUAUAUUGAGCAUGAUACGAAGAUGCAUGAAGCCCUCAAUUAUCCAGGAUGCCCGACUGAGAAGCGUGGACAUCUUGAUCCAAAUCUUGAUGAAGGCCGACUUGAAACAUUGUAUGGACAAGCAGCAGGCAUCCUACUCUAA